AUGCAACGCGCGCGCUCCAUCUCCGACGCCCUCUCGUGGGGCAUUGACCGCAUCGACAGCCGCUCCGGCACCGAUGGCCAGUACGACGACUCGGGCGUCACAGGUUCUGGCUCUCUCGUCUACAUCCUCGACACGGGCGUCCGCAUCUCCCACCAGGACUUUGGCGGCCGCGCUGAGGCUGGCUGGUCGGCGGGCUGCCCCACCAACUCGGAGUCGGGCUGUGGUGACGCGAACAGCGGCUGGGUUUACCAGGGCGUUAUCACCGAGGCCACCUCCCAGUGCAACGGCCACGGCACGCACUGCGCCUCGACCGCGGGGGGUGCAACCUACGGUGUCGCCGAGGGCACCACCAUCAUCACCGUUCAGGUGCUGAACUGCGGCGGCUCCGGAUCGACGGCCGGCAUCGUCGCGGGCAUCGAGUGGGCGGUCGCAGACUCGAAGGAUCGCGGCUUGCCAGCGGUGAUCUCGAUGUCGCUCGGUGGCGGCGGGGCAAACCGCUUUGACGCUGCCAUCAAUGCCGCCUUUGCCGAGGGUGUCCUGAGUGUCGUCGCAGCCGGCAACUCCAACGCCGAUGCGUGCGACUACUCUCCCGCCUCUACACCACUCGCAGUCACCGUGGGAUCGACAACCAACAGCGACGCCAAGUCGGGCUUCUCGAACCACGGCACGUGCGUCGACAUCCAUGCGCCUGGCUCCGGCAUCACGGCGGCGUGGGUCGGCUCUGACUCGGACACCACCACUAUCUCCGGAACCAGCAUGGCG